GUUUGGAGGAGGGUUGUAAAUUGGUCAGUAUAUACAUUUACAGGCGAACCAAACGAGUGUUUCAAGCAGCGGCGCGUGUGAACCUUCUCCGAACCCUGUUCCACACCGUUCCAACGAACGAAUUGUGAGUCUCAAUCUGAGUGAGGUUUUGGAAAUUUAACCCUUUCAAUUCUGAGCGAAGUUUAACAUGCAAGUUUUUCCAAGUGAAGGUGAAAGCGCUCUGUCAAUUGUUGGUCCAAGGCCAAUGGAAUGGUCUACUGUUCCAUAUAAUGCCCCUCAAGCUCCUGGGCCAAAUGGAAAGCAGCGGACCUCAAGUUUGGAAUCACCAAUCAUGUUGCUGUCAGGUCACCAGAGUGCUAUAUAUACCAUGAAGUUCAAUCCUGCAGGAUCAGUUGUUGCAUCUGGAUCUCAUGACAGGGAAAUUUUCCUCUGGAAUGUGCAUGGGGAUUGCAAGAACUUCAUGGUUCUGAAAGGUCACAAGAAUGCAGUUUUAGAUCUUCACUGGACUACUGAUGGGACACAGAUAAUUUCUGCCAGCCCUGAUAAAACAGUGAGGGCGUGGGAUGUGGAAACAGGAAAACAAAUAAAAAAAAUGGUAGAACAUCUAUCAUACGUUAAUGCAUGUUGUCCUUCUCGAAGGGGACCACCUCUUGUUGUUAGUGGCUCCGAUGAUGGAACUGCUAAAUUAUGGGAUAUGCGUCAAAGGGGUUCCAUCCAAACAUUCCCGGAUAAAUACCAGAUUACUGCUGUUGGCUUCUCUGAUGCAUCAGAUAAGAUCUUCACCGGUGGUAUUGAUAAUGAUGUCAAGAUUUGGGAUUUGCGUAAAGGUGAAGUUACCAUGACAUUGCAAGGUCAUCAAGAUAUGAUUACUGGUAUGCAGUUGAGUCCUGAUGGGUCGUACCUUCUUACAAAUGGCAUGGAUUGCAAGCUUUGCAUUUGGGACAUGCGCCCAUAUGCUCCACAAAAUCGCUGUGUGAAGGUGUUGGAAGGGCACCAACACAACUUUGAGAAGAACUUGUUGAAGUGUGGUUGGUCUCCUGAUGGAAGCAAGGUAACGGCUGGUAGUUCUGAUCGAAUGGUUUACAUCUGGGAUACCACUUCUCGUCGCAUCUUGUAUAAGCUUCCUGGUCACAAUGGGUCUGUUAAUGAGUGUGUUUUUCAUCCCAAUGAGCCUAUUAUUGGAUCUUGCGGCAGUGACAAGCAGAUUUAUCUGGGGGAGAUAUGAAGCCCAACGUUUAGGAACUUGCCAAGUGAAAUGAGCAUGCUAGUGCUUUUGACAAACUUUAGGGAGUGGUAAACUUUAGAAAUCCUGAAUUCUUUCUGUUGUUUCCUGAUCCAUGAAUUCAGUGACUGUAUAAUGUUCCGCCAAAAGCAUUAUAUCUAUUUUCUUUACUAAUUGAUGUAAUUUGAGAUUUGACGUUGGUGAGAAUGGCUCCACUCUUUCAUAUUGA